UUGGAAUUUUAAGAAAGAAAAGUAGUUUUUUCUAAAUUUGGUACUUGUGUAACUUAUACACCAUGAUUGAAAAAAGUAUUGUUUUCUCUUCACUAGAAAAGGAAGUUAAACAAAUUAGACGGUCAACAACUAAAAAUGAAACUGAAAAUAUUUUGAAUGGAGAGAAGAAAAGUGGAAGAAAUUUUAUAAUUUAUUUUAAUGGAAAGCCUUUUGACGGAAAUGAAUUUUUGGCAAAACCAGAGAAAUAA